CCGGAGCCGUCUCCGAAGGACCUGAUCAAGGGGUACACGCUCCAGAACGCGGAGAGCGGGCUCGCGAGCGACUACUCGAAGCGGAAGAACGUCAUCCGGGUGCGGAUGGAGGGGGAGCAGUUUCUUUUGCAGGCGCAGGAUGUUGCUUCCGUCAUUGACUGGAUCGAGAGCAUCCAAGCCGCGACGAACAUCUCGCUCGACCUAGACGAGCGGCCUAUGCCAAAGGGACCCAUGUUCCCCAGG